AAGUGUGCUCACCUCCAGGGAUCGAAGGCCGUGUUCGAUGGCAUGAAACACCGAGACCUGGUCUCCUGGAGCACGAUGAUCACUGCCUUCGUCCAGAGCGGCCGUCCGCAAGAAGCCCUCGAUCUCUUCAUGGAGAUGAUCAGCGAGGGAUUCGAGCCGGACUACGUGAACUUCAUCACGGUUCUCACGGCUUGUAGCCAUCUCGGCGAGCACAAGAGGGCCCUGGACUACUUCGCGUCCAUAACCGUGGAUCACCACGUAAAUCUCGUGAGAGAACACUACCACUGCGUGAUCGAUUUGCUCGCGCGCGCCGGCAAGCUGAGCGAGGCCGAGGAUCUUAUAAAAAACAUGCCUUUUGAGCCGGGUGAGGUCGCUUGGAUGUCGCUGCUAUCUUCGUGUAGAACACACCGUGAAAGCUCGCAGCGAGCGGCGGCUAUGGCUUCCAAGCUCGAUUCCUCGUCUUAUGUAAUGCUAUCAAACAUUUGUAUAGAAGUUUAAUCAGGCAAAUCCAACGGCAUGUGGCCUGCCACGUGUUGACACUAAAAGGUGUCGAGUUCGACUCUCAAGGACGAAAAAGCUUAGAUUUAAAGGGAGUCCAAGGUUCGAUUCCUAAAGGCUUCAGAAACUUUUCUUUAGGCUUUAAUUCUCUAUCUAUUUGCAAGGCGUGGAGGGAGAGGAGGAGGCGAUGGCGGGCAUCGCCGGAUUCUUCACGCGCAAAGAGCCGGCGGAAGAGAAUCAGGUUCCAUUUUGGAGCAGUCCCGAGCGAGCUGGUUGGCUCAUGAAGCAGGGAGAGUACAUUAAAACUUGGAGAAGACGCUGGUUUGUUCUUAAGCAAGGAAGGCUUUUCUGGUUCAAGGAGAGCACUAUCACUCAGUACUCUAGACCACGAGGAGUGAUUCUUGUGAGUGGAUGUCUGACUGUGAAAGGAGCCGAGGACGUUCUAAACCGGCAGCACGCAUUUGAAUUGUCCACGAACAAGGAGACGAUGUAUUUUAUCGCGGACUCGGACAAGGAAAAAGAGGACUGGAUCAACUCUAUCGGGAGAUCAAUCGUCCGGCACUCCAGGUCCAUAACGGAGACGGAGGUUCUCGACUAUUAGCUAAGUAAUGGCGUCGGUUCUCUCGUUUGGAUUAUAUAAUAGCUUGCGUGGCUAAGAUGAA